GGAAUGAACGGCAGGUUUGGAGGCGGAGAAAGAGGUAGAGAAGUUAAGGGAGAGAGUGAGAGACAGAUCUGGGGAGACAGUGAGCUGAGCAGUAGAUUGAGUAGAAGUCGGUGGGGCAAGAUAUUAAAUCACAGACUUCACUGCUCAUCUGAGGACUGUUAGCCUACUUGACGUCUAGCUUUGCAAAAAAAAAAAAUAUAUAUAUAUAUAUAUAUUGCAAAAAUAUUUGCAGGUUUGUGUCGCUGCACAUUUUGAACGUGCAGCCACAGGUUGACCGAUUUAAUCCAGUCACUAUGGAUUAUUUCUCUUUAUCUCGAGUCGAUUGUCACUAACGGGGUCGAAAUGGGCACCGUCGAGAGAUCACUGGUGAUUGAGAAAGAAACAAACUGAUCAGAUCAAGUGGAGCCGAGACGGAGGCGACAUCUGCGGGGAGCGACGCACAAUUUCGAGAGAUACGCGAGGGACCUGUGGAGGGACUUAUAUGAAAAGAGACGAAGCGAAAAGAUGAUGGGAUGGCCGGAACAACAUGAAAAAGAAAAAGUGUGGUGGUCUAUUUUCAUCCAGCCAGUGAUUCAACACAACUAACCUGGAGGACAGGGACUGAGAAAGAAGAGGUAGGAGACAGGUGCGUGGCCACAGCCGUGACCAUGGAGCCUCCCCCCUCUCUGAGCUUGGCUCUGCUAGGAGGAAGCGAGGAUGAGGACCAGCGCUUCCUCCUUCCCCUGGGCAGUAUAUCCCAUCCCUCCACCACUGGCAACCAGCCAGGAUCAAACCACUCCAACCACAUGGGAGGAUCAAGCCUUGAUCGUCUAAAUGGCAGCACCCCGUCCCCGUCCCCUGCCACGCCCAACUUGCCUCCAGCAUCACUCCCCAAGUUGCCCCUGUCAUCCUCUGGAGCCCAACCUCUGCCCCCUCCCAUCCCCAACGCCCUGUACCCCACCAGCACCCCGCUCUCCUCCUGCCUGGGCUCACAGCACAGCCUUAGUGGGGACAACUCCCCAGUUUACAACGCCCUCUUUUACUCCUCCCAUUCACCCUCCAUGGAGCGGGAGAGGGACAGAGACCGUGACAGGGAGAGGGGCUGCAAACACAGACAGGCCAGCCCUCUGGUUCACCGUAGGGACAGUAACCCCUUCACAGAGAUUGCCAUGAGCUCCUGUAAGUACACAGGCGGGGUCAUGAAGCCCCUAAGCCGCCUCAGCGCCUCCAGAAGAAACCUCAUUGAAUCAGAUAGCAACAGCGAAACCAAAGAGGGUGGAGUUUCAGCUGUUGCUGGGGCAACAGCAGCUGGAGGGCACGAUCGCCAGAGAGAAGCCCCUCCUACCUCCUUGGUGGCCCAGUCCUCUACUAAUCAACCCCCAAUUCAGAGCCCUCCAGAGAUUGUGAUUUCAUCCAAAGAAGACUCGCCAUACCUCAGAGCAGGGUAUGACAUCACUGACUCCACUUCCAACCAGAUGUCCAUAUACCACCAGAACCACGCACUGGUGGAGAGCAGGCGGGUGCAGGCGGGGAGGGGCAGCAGACAGGGGGUGGUUGGGGCGGUGGGCACUGGAGCAAAGGGCAGCACUUCCAAAGCUACCAAACGGAAGAACCAAAACAUUGGCUAUAAAUUGGGGCAUCGCAGGGCACUGUUUGAGAAGAGAAAGAGGCUGAGUGACUAUGCCCUCAUCUUUGGGAUGUUUGGCAUCGUUGUCAUGGUGAUUGAGACGGAGCUGUCAUGGGGCGUGUACACCAAGAGCUCCAUGUAUUCUCUGGCCCUGAAGUGUCUGAUCAGCCUGUCCACAGUCAUACUGCUGGGCCUCAUCAUAGCCUACCAUGCACGGGAAGUUCAGCUGUUUGUCAUUGACAACGGAGCUGACGACUGGCGCAUCGCCAUGACCAUGGAGAGGGUUCUGCUGAUCGCUCUGGAGCUGCUGGUGUCUGCGGUGCAUCCAGUGCCAGGGGACUUUAAGUUUCAGUGGCGGGCGCGGCUGGCCUUCUCGUACGCGCCGUCACAGGCCGAGGCUGACCUGGACAUGGUGCUCAGCGUGCCCAUGUUCCUGCGCCUCUACCUCAUUGCCAGAGUCAUGCUUCUGCACAGCAAACUCUUCACCGACGCCUCCUCCAGGAGUAUAGGUGCCCUAAAUAAGGUGCAUUUUAACACACGGUUUGUAAUGAAAACCCUCAUGACUAUCUGCCCCGGGACGGUGCUGCUGGUCUUCAGCAUCUCUCUGUGGAUCAUUGCUGCCUGGACCGUACGAGUUUGCGAGAGGUAUCAUGAUGCCCAGGACGUGACCAGUAACUUCCUGGGAGCCAUGUGGCUUAUCUCCAUCACUUUCUUGUCCAUUGGCUAUGGAGACAUGGUUCCUCACACCUACUGUGGCAAAGGAGUCUGUCUGCUCACAGGAAUCAUGGGUGCGGGCUGUACGGCUCUAGUGGUUGCCGUGGUAGCCAGGAAGCUGGAGCUGACCAAGGCCGAGAAACACGUACACAACUUCAUGAUGGACACGCAACUCACAAAGAGGAUAAAGAAUGCAGCGGCUAAUGUGCUGAGGGAAACCUGGCUCAUCUACAAACACACCAAACUGAUGAAGAAGAUCGACCACUCCAGAGUCCGCAAGCAUCAGCGGAAGUUCCUCCAAGCUAUACAUCAAUUACGCAGUGUGAAAAUGGAACAGAGGAAACUCAGUGAUCAGGCCAACACAUUAGUGGACCUCUCAAAGAUGCAGAGCGUCAUGUAUGAGCUCAUGUCGGAGCUCAACGACCGCAGCGAGGACUUGGAACGCCAGAUGCUGUCCCUGGAGCAGCGGGUGGAGCAGCUCACUGCUGGCUUCAACACCCUGCCUGCCCACCUCUCAGCCACCCUCAGCACCCAGCACGCCGCCCUGGUCCACUUGCUCCGAGAGAGGGAUGGGAGGGAUGGGUGGGAUGGGAGAGGAGGUGGUGGAGGAGGUGCUGUGGUUCCACUGUCCCCUGCUGUGUCUUUAACCGCUGCUGCAGCUUCAGUCUCUCCAGUCCAGGUCUUAUCUCCAGCAUCGCCCCCAUCCCAGGUCCCUACUUUGGCCUUAGAGUCCCCUCUGUCGCCCCCAUCUCUGAGCCCAGAGGGGAGCCUGGAGGCUAGUCCCAUCCCAAACACCUGCACUUCUAGCUGCUGAAGACAGCUCUGAGGACCAGGACAGAACAAAUAUGGAAAGAAUUCAGGGAGAGAGGAGGUGGUUGUGCUAGUGGUCUCACAUCAGACUAAAGGAGAGGAACAAGGAGGGAGGAGGAGAGAAAUGUGAAGCGAUCCUCAGAAACUAACGCUCCAUGAGGGAGGGAUGAAGACGAAACUAUGAAGAUAAAUAAUAGGAUUAGGAUGGAAGGCCGGUAUGAACGAUGAGACAUGUUAGGGACUUUGGGGCGUUUUCCUUUGCGAAGGAGAAGAAAAAUUGAGAUCAAAUGGAGACUCUGAAAGGUGUGAGGGGGAGGAAGAAUGUCAAGAAAGUGAGAAAUGGAGGUAGAGAGUAUAAGGAGGGGGAAGGAGAGGGGAGGAGAAAUAACGAGGAAUAAUCACAUGAACUCAGAGCUCCUAAAUGGAAUCAACUCCAAUUACUGAAAAGGGCCUUUUAUUCUCUCUCUCUUUCUCUCUCCCAAUUUCUCUCCCAACUUCCUUCAUCAGGAAUUAAUGACCAUGACUUUUUAUCCUUAGGAUGUAUUUUCUAUCUGAAAGCUACCUGUGUGUUAACGAGCAUCCCUUUAACAGAGAGUCGAUCAAUACGACCAUGAUAUAUAUAUAAAUAAAUAAAA